AUGGAAACACCUCGGUCAUUCAUGUCGGAGAACGACAGCACCGGGACUCCUGAUGCUGAGGUCCCAAAAGCGACCAUGUCGUUAUCGUCGCGAAUGUACUUGCGCUUCACAUCCGAAGUGGAUCCAGGAUGGGCAGAUUUGAUCCUAUUAGGUUGUUUCUUUGUCGCAGGCAUAGUCGACAGCGUAGUGUAUAACAAAUACACUUGCUUCGUCAGUAUGCAGACAGGCAAUACCAUCUUCCUAGGUUUAGGCGUCAGCGAUCUACCAACCAAUUCACCCAAGCACAACUGGGUGAAGUCCCUCGUGGCCAUUUCCUCAUUUAGCCUUGGAGCCUUCUUCUUCGCUCGCUAUCAUCGUUACCUCGGUGGAUUAAAGCGCUGGGUCAUCAUGUCUUCCUUUGCUAUUCAAACAGGACUCAUGCUCAUCACCUCGGCGCUGAUAUCCUCGGGCAUCGCUACGAAGGGUCCACAACACAGCAAUAACCCUGCCUCGACCGACAAUGGUGGCGGCUAUUUCGAUUGGGUGGAAUUGUGUCCCAUUGCACUAUUGGCAUUCCAGAGUGCCGGCCAGAUCGUGGCAAGUCGCGUGUUGAAGUAUAACUCCAUGCCGACUUUGGUCUUGACCAGUCUGUAUUGCGAUCUGUUCAGUGAUCCGAACCUCCUCACUGCAGGACUAUUCGAGGAUCCUGAUAGGAAUAGAAGGGCCGCCAGUGCGAUAGCAUUAUUUGUGGGUGCUUUGAUUGGUGGUGUUCUAUCGAAAUCAUCUUGGGGGUAUUCCGUAGCUUUAUGGAUCGCCACGGGUCUCAAGGCUUGUAUGGUCAUUGCUUGGUUGUUGUGGAAACGGAAACCACAAGACCAGAAGUAG